AUGCAUUCUACUUCGAUUGCUAAGCCUUACCUUCAAUCAACAUCAAGAUUAUACAAUUCUUUUGAGUCCAUGAAAGGAAAGGUCAAAAAGCUUCGUUCUUUGUUCGAAUCAUCAAAACCCCAGAUACCGAACCCCAAUGAAUUGCAAAUUCAAGCAACUCAUAAACUACAAUCUGUGAAAUCGAUGGGACCUGAGUAUAAUAGGUUCCCUUCUUUUGGGUUUAUUAGCAACAGUAAAAUUCGGUUGCCGGGUACUGAGGAUAGGAUCGUGGUGUAUUUAACAAGUUUGCGAGGAAUUCGAAGGACAUACGAGGAUUGUUAUGCGGUGAGGAUGAUUUUUAGAGGGUUUAGAGUGUGGAUUGAUGAGAGGGAUAUUUCGAUGGAUUCGGCUUAUAAGAAGGAGCUGCAAAGUGUGUUGGGAGAGAAAAUUGUGAGCUUGCCGCAGGUGUUUAUGAGGGGGAAUCAUGUGGGUGGUGCUGAGGUGAUUAAGCAAAUGUUUGAGACGGGCGAACUGGCAAGGGUUCUUGAUGGGUUUCCAAGACGGCAGCCUGGGUUUGUUUGUGAAGGGUGUGGGGAUGUAAGGUUUGUGCCCUGUGGGAAUUGCAGUGGGAGUAGGAAGUUGUUUGAUGAAGAUGAAGGGGUAAUCAAGAGAUGCUUGGAAUGUAAUGAGAAUGGAUUGAUUCGGUGCCCGGAUUGCUGCUCUUGA